ACCCAGUGUGCGUCAUUGCUGAGUAUAGAGUUGUUCUGAUCGUCUCGAAGCAUCAUGCCUGAACCAGCGAAGACUGCACCCAAGAAGGGCUCCAAGAAAGCCGUCACCAAGACCGCCAGCAAAAGCGGCAAGAAACGCAGAAGGACCAGGAAGGAGAGCUAUGCUAUCUACGUCUACAAAGUCUUGAAGCAGGUUCAUCCCGACACUGGAAUCUCUUCCAAGGCGAUGGGCAUCAUGAACUCGUUCGUCAACGACAUCUUCGAGCGCAUCGCUGGUGAGGCAUCUCGUCUCGCUCACUACAACAAGCGCUCCACCAUCACUUCCAGAGAGAUCCAGACCGCCGUGCGUCUGUUGCUGCCUGGUGAACUGGCUAAACACGCAGUGUCUGAGGGCACAAAGGCCGUCACCAAGUACACCAGCUCCAAGUAAAAUAUUGAAACCUAAUCCAACCAAAGGCUCUUUUAAGAGCCACCCAUCUU